AUGGCCGAUUUUCUCCCUUACGCCUCCAUGGUUUGCUGUUUAACUUCGGUGCUAUUCCUCUCGACCAGCGUCGCCGCCGCGGGGACCACCGAAUUAGCCACCCAAAUCUGCAGAAACACCACCAGCUACGCUUUCUGCCAGGAGGCCAUGUACUCCGACCCACACGCCGUUGGCGCCGACAGAUACGUUCUUGCGUACAUAGCCUACCGCCAGGCUUAUCUCAACGCAACGGAUACCGCGGACUACAUUGCCUCGGAGCUGAAAUCCAUGGAAUCGGGUGGAGCAUCUGAAUUCUUGACGGGUCUGAGGAAGUGCCUGGGGUAUUAUCAGGAGGCGAUUCGGAGGCUUGCGGAAAUGCUGGGAAAUUUGGAUUCCGAGACGUUUUACGGGUUGGAUGAAUUGUCGAUUGAUGUCGAGAAUAGUGUGCGCAGUUGCGAGGCGAGUGUGGGGAGGCCAUCGCCCUUGUCGAAGAGGAAUGAAGAUUUGGCUAAGCUUUCCAAUAUUUGUUUUGUUGUUUCUAAGCUGUACAUUUAUCUCUAG